CUUUGAUGUUGCCAACACGUGAGGUCAGAAAGGCUGAGUAUGUCAAUAGAAAAUUGUUGACGACAAAUCCAUUUUUCUCUUUUUUUUUCUCUUUUUUCUUUCAUGAAUAGCCUAAAGAAUACCGAGGAAAUACCAGUUUCGGCUCAAAAUAUAUAUGAGGGCUAUUUAUACAUGAAAGAUGAACAUCAAUGGCUGUGGCGUCUAUUUCGAUUUGAUGGAUCAUUCUUGAUCUGUUUAUCGCCUAAAAAGAUAAAACUAGCUCCUAGUACGCAAUUCAAUAUAAGGACACAUCCAUUUCAUUCUACUUCCCCAUUGUUGGCUACACCCAAAGACAGAAAAGCCAGACUGUCUUGUCUAAAGCAUGAGUGCAUAGCAAGCUAUUAUCAACUUCCUAAAUGGACUAUUCACAUGAAAGACGUGUCUUAUAUUUCUAUUCUUAAACCAAAAAGUCUGUUUAGUAUGACCUCGAAAUGCUUUUCUAUCAGGACAUGCGAUGGGCAAUGCUAUAUAAUGAAGGCGAAUAAACAACAAGACUUGGAGAGGUGGAUCUUUGUCUUGUCUAAAAUGUGGGGAUAUGUUCAUUCAUCUCAGCACGUGACACCGCCCAUUUUAUCCAAUGAAAAAGUGUUAUGGAUAGAAGCAUGGAUCAAAUCACUAGCAGAACUAGCAGCACAGAAACAAGAGUAUAAUGUGAAUUAUUUCCAAGAUGCACAUACCAUUUUGUCUCAUUCAUCAAACCAACAAGAAGAGCUAAAGGCCAUACGAUACCAUCAUUCAGUGAAAGGACAUCCUGUUCAGUUUGUUCGGCCAUUGAAAGAUGAUGAAGAUGAUAUAUGUCUAGCAGAUAUUCGAAAAUCAUUAAAGAAAACUUAG